AUGCCAGAGGCUUAUCCUUUGGAUAUUCCUGUUAUUAGCGCUUUGUUGUUUCUCAACAAAAGAAAAAGCAGCAUGCCAACCGAGAAAGGCCAAUUCCCUAGCAGUUGUGGUGAUGAUGGAAACCUUGAAAGUUGGCUUAUUGAAAACUCAUUUGAGAAAAAAGAGAAGAUCGAGAUAGAAUGUGAAGAAACUAGCCUCAUUGAUAGAAUAAGUCAGCCACCUGACGCUCUUAUUGUUCAAAUUCUUUCUCGAUUGUCCAUAACAGAUGCCUUCAGAACAACUAUUCUCUCAAAACAUUGGCAAUACUUCUGGACUUCUAUUGACAACCUUGUUUAUGACAACAAGAAGUAUUGUCAUUCAGAUGGCUUGAUGGCAUUCUUAACAGAUAAUGUACUACCUCUCCUUACCUGCUCUAGCAUUAAUAAGUUCAAUCUAAAUUUUGUGUUCAAAUCUGAUGAUGGUGUGUCUUAUUUUCCCAAAAUUGAAAAGUGGCUUGAAUUUGCUAUGAAUACGAAAGUGGAGGAUCUAUGCCUGAAAAUAGGUUAUACUAAUGAUGCGAUUGAGAGUGACCAACCCUAUAGUCUACCAGAAGUUUUCUGUAGUAGUUCAUCGAUUGUAAAACUCAAAUGUGAGAAUUGCAGAAUAUUAAACGAUCAUGUACUAAAUUGGAAAUCUCUGAAGAGUUUAACACUAGGAAGUUUGUUUAUCCGGGAUGAACACAUAAAACAAAUAAUUUCAAAUUGUUCUCAAUUGGAAUCCUUGAAUUUACAUAGAUUUUGUGGUUUUAAUCAUUUGAACAUGACUUCUCCAAGAUGUAAGAGAUUGCAAUUGAUUGAUCAUUGUCAUCCUGUCGGAGAUUGGUAUUCAUUCGAAGGUGAUUGUUACUUUGAAGUUGUUGCUCCAUAUGUUGAACAUUUAACAAUUUCUGGGAAUUUUGAUAAUACGGAAAUUGAGCUCAAGGACUUGUCAUCUUUGAACCAUGCCAAACUUGAUCUCUCUAGUGAUGAAUUUGAUUCAAUGGAUGAGAACAUACUGAAAGAUCAUUUUGUAAGCGUUCAUUGUGCUAAUGAGCUAAUACUUUCAUCCUGGUUCAUCAAGUUAGAGCUGUUAAUGGUCAGCUAUAGUGCUUCUUGA